AUGAAAAGAGAAUGCAAAUCAUCAAGUAAAGAGGUUGAAACAACCAACAAUAACAGUAACAACAACAACAUUCAAUCUAUUACAGAAACAAGUGAGCAAGAUAUAUUAGACUUGGUACACAAGUUAUGCGAUAAUACUUUUGAUGACAAAGAAUCUAUUUCUAUUACCCUUCGUCGAUUGUGUAAAUAUCUUGCAGUGAGAGAUAAGAAUGAUUACAACAAGAUGAAUCAAGACUGUGUUGUAGAUGGUUUAACAAAUGAAACAAAGAUUAAAAUAAGAUCAUUACUACUUGAUACUUUUGAAGGUUGUAAAGACAAUUCAAAUUUAAAAAAGUUGAUAGAGUUGUUACUAACUAAUCGUUAUAAAAGAGACAGUAAUGAUGAAGAGAUAUUUAGAUUUGGUAUUAUUAAAUGGUUUAAUAAUGUUUUGAAGCACCAAAGCAAUGAGAAUGGCAUAAGAACUAAUAUGUUAAUAUCAACAUCUACGAUUUACUCUGUAUUGGUUGUUUUGUCAAAUAUUAAGCAACCAUGUCAGUCAGAGUUGGUAUUUGAAACAUUGGAAGCUAUUUGGAGACUACAUUAUAAAGGUGAUGAUAUCAAAACCCUCAAAGAAAUAGAUAUUUUAAUAUUGAUAACAAUAUUUAAACAUUAUCAAUUUAGAGAUAAUCAACAACAAGUACAACUCAAACAAGAUAUUAUAAAUAGUAUUUAUAAUUGUCUCUCAUCUCUAUCACAUCUAUUGAAGAACAAAGAGUUUCAAGUAUUUUUCAAACAAACUAUUGGUAUUUUGUUUCAAAGUGCAUACGACGAUGAGUAUUUUAUUCCACAACAACAGUCUCAAUUGGAAGAAGAUAAGGAUAGUUUUAAACAAUUCUCUAUACUCCGUAAGAUGGGUAACGAACCUCAACAAAGAUUUAGAUUUCUUCAAUGUAUUGAUUUGAACGAUCAGACAAUAUUCACCAUCAUUUUGGAUCACCUCAAAGAAUCUCUCUCCAUUACAACAACACCACCAACUUGGAAAGAUAAAUUAAUUGUUCUUAAAGUAUUAAAUUAUAUUGAUGCUUUAUCUAUGAAUUACAAUUCUGGUAUAGGUUCAUUAUUAUCAGUAAUAUUAAAUUCAAAUAUACUUCAACGAAUUUUCUCAUUCGAAACACAAGACAAUGUACUUGUUCAUUAUGAGUUACUUGUAUUUAUUUUUAAACUCACUCAAGACCCAGACGUUUUAGAAUCAUCAUCAUUUAUUAUAAAUGAAGGUUGGCAAUGUAUCAUUAAUCACAAACAAGACCCAAUACAUGCUCUUACAUUGUAUACUCUUUGUUAUUUUAUAAAUGUUACCAAAAAAAAGGUUUUUAGUCAAGAUUUGAUUGAUCAAGUAUUUGAACAAUCAUUACAAUCUAAUCAUAAAUACCUUGUUGAUCAUGCAAAAGAAUUGGUUCUAAACAAUACAUGUUUAGUUAGUGAAAGAUUAGCACCAUUCAUGAUUGGUUUCUUGGAUACAAUGAAUGGAGUCAUGGAAACCAACAAUAUCAUCAAAUAUUUUAAUAGUUUAGAAACAAGUUCAGCAAAAACCAAAAGAGAAUAUUUAAAUAGAUUGGCCAUGAGAAUGUUAUUGUUAUUCAAACCACCCAAUUUUGCCCAUCAUAAUAUGAAGAUGAACAGCUUUAUCUUUACUUAUCUGUUGGGUUGGAUAUUAGAUGGAUCAAUUGGAAAGAAUGCAGUCAUUUAUCUUCCAGCAAUCAUGAAAGUAAUGAUAACUCAAUUAAUUUCAUACAGCGAUAUAGAUAGACUUGUUCGAAUAUGCGAAAAAUUCCCAGACAAGGUAUACUCAUACAUGAAUCAUUUGAUUCCUCGUGCUAUUGAUGUUUUCAACGACGCCAAUCAUACAAAGUUGAUGAUGUGUUUAUUGACAAUAUGCUUACAAUUCAGUCAAACUGACCAACAACUAGCAGCAUCCAAUCAGUUGUUUCAACAUAUAAUUGAUAUAUUUGUCAGUGAUCCUGGUGACUCUAACUGGAAAAUACAAGGAUUCAAUGGUUGGAUUGAACAAGUACAGAGGGUAGGUGGUAUUUCACCAAACAUUGAACAAAAAAAACAAAUCAUUGAUUGGAUUAAAAAUGGAAUUCCAAUGGUCCACAUCCAACUUCGUUCUCGUUUACAAUUCUCUGUACUUAGACAAUACUCUAAAUUUAUUCAUCAAAUAACAACAGCAUUUGGCAAUGAUGACGAUACUGACUAUUAUUUAGAAAUUGGAAUAUACCAUGUUGAAAAAAUGUUGGAAGGUAUUAAAAACAAUGUAUAUGUUUCAGAUAUGGGUUUCACUAUUACCAAUUUCCAUAAACUAUUCAAAACGAUUCAAUUCUCUUGUCAAGCAAAUAAUAUAUGGUCCAAUCAUUUCAAAAAAUAUCUAAUGACCAAUAUUACAAAUAAUGACCAUUUACAAUCAUUAUUAUUCUUGACUAAACUCAAUGAUAAUUAA